GCCAGCAAGGCUGCACCAAAAAGGGCGGAUGGCAGCGCGACAUAGGCCAAAGUGCCUCAUGUCGGAGGAGGAAUGGGAGCUGUCUCGCUGGUGGCGAGAAGGCCCGGGGUGUUUCGAGGACUCCGACGAGCCGGACGAGUUCGCCUUAACCCCGCGCCGCCACCAGCCGGACAUGUUCGCCAUCGAGGCGGAGUUCGCAGACUGGCAGCCCUCCAAAGGUGCCUACGACCUCUCCCCUCGCAAUAGCCCUCAGAAAGAGCUCUACCAGCUGGAGGAGGAGGAGAACGCCUACAUUUCCGCGGUGCAGUUACUGAAGGAGAUGGGGCCUGGACGAGCGGAGGCGGAAGCCGUGUGGAAGACCU